AUGGAUCCAACAAUUUCACCGGUCGAUUGCCGGUUCCGAUCCUACCAGCUGGACCUUCUUGCGGCAUACGCAAACCCGGAACUUGGUCCCAUGGCACCAUCAAUGCUGGUCGAGGGUCCUUCUUCCUCAGGGAAGACUUACACUCUGCGCAGAUACUUUGAACGUUUGCAACGAAAUGAGCAGAUCCUGUUUUCAGAAAUCCAAUGCGAGUACUGUCUCACGCGCAAAACGAUCUUGCACACGAUUCUGCGCAACUUGAUCAAUUUACUCGAUAUGAACGUUCAGCAGUCAGCAGAGAUGAUCAGUAAGUGCGACGGACUCGGGACUUUUGUGGAGGUCCUGAAACAGAUUGAGCACAUAUACACCACCAUGUGCGAUGGCGCACGGCAUCUUCCCGUGGUGUUUGUGCUUGAUCGCGUGGAAAGACUGCUUCCAAAUGAAAACUCAUCAGAGCUCUGCACAGCGCUGUCGAGAGCUCAUGAACAGAGUCCAGCUCUGAAUUUAUUCACAUUUGUCUACGUGGUGAACCGCAGUGACUUGCUUAAUAUUCAAACUCUUGCACUGCCUACCAUUGCAUUUACCAGCUACUCCAUCAACCAGAUCAAGGACAUCUUGCUUGACCGGCUAACCGAGUCAGGCCCGUCGUCUUUACCUCCCCUCCAGUUCAGGUCCUUUGCUCGACAAUUUCUUGACAUCAUAUUAGACACUUACACAUCAUAUUUUGGUACAGAUAUUGGGCUCAUGAUCCCUGUGCUGGCAAAGCUGUGGCCGAUUUUCAUCAACCCGGUCAAUGAGCUCGGACGCAUCCAAAACGGCACUAAUGACGUGCUCACCACAUUUCAGCGGAAUAAGUCAUUGUUGCAAAGCGAGCUGGCUCUUUUGGACGACCUGGCCAGUGCUGACAUUCCGUCAAGCGACCUGCCCAAAAAGACCAAGUACAUUUUGAUCGCAGCAUACCUUGCAUCUUACGACGACCCCAAAUAUGAUUUAAUUUUGUUCUCAAAGCAGAGAGAAGCGCGCUCGAACCGCAAAGUUCGUCAUUCCAAGAAAAAAAGCACUAAAUCAAGCGACCAGCUGUCGUCCCGGAUGCUUUCGCCGCAGGCUUUCACGCUCGAAAGGCUGCUAGCAAUCUUACAUGCAAUAUAUGACGAGAAUUGCGACGAGCCUCUAUUGAACGACGUAGAGCUCUUAUCGGAAUUAGCCACGCUUUCGACGCUCAAAUCCAUCAUGAAAUUGAAGCUAGGCGACACCAUCGGAGGCGGCACCAAAUGGAAAUGCAACGUCAACUGGAGCGUUAUCAAGAAGUUCUCGGACGAAGUGGGAUUUGAAAUAGAAAAUUUCCUAAUCGAUUAG